AUGCCUGACCCAUGCGAUGGCCAUCUGGCCAGAUGUGCAUCCCUUCUUCUCGGCAAGAGCCUCAACCUUUGCUACGAGCUUCAGGUUGUGUGCCAAGCUUUCAUCCCGGAAGCGGGGGAAGGAAGCGAGUCUUCCCAGGUACUGCGCGUCGGCAUUGGUCUUGAAGCGGCCGCUACGGCCACUUACACCUCGUGA